AUGUCACGAAAUAUCUGCGAGUCUCUGUUGGAAUUAGCGAGACCAAAAGAUAAUGACCGGUUUAUGCGACUUGAGGACACUCUUCUCGACGAUGAAGAGGCGAACGAAGUUACCCUGCGAAUGUACGACCUGAUAAGCUCCACUUAUCCGGUGGAAGUCCCCGAUCAUACCAGCCACUGCAAGGCUUUGGAAGAGAGUUUGGAGUACAAGAUAACACUGCGUGAAGGGGACCCCGAGGAGACAGAUCAAGAAUAUCUGGAUCGAAUGGAUCGUGUGCAUACCUGGCCGGCGUACAGCACCGCCGCCGAAGCAAAAUGGAUAUGGAGAGCUCAGGUGACAAUCAGGCCAAUGAAGCUUCUCCAUAUAUCUGGAGGAUACGACUUUGCGGGUGUCUUAGGUGGAGGGAAUUGGUCGUUCAGGCCCAAGGAUUUCUACCAGUAUUCGUGA